GUACUCACGGAUGAAAACAAAUGGCGUAAACAAUACAAUCGGCUGCCGCGUUUCGGAUUGUGCAAUUUCCGCGAAUUUUCCAUCGAAUUGCAGUGGUCUAGUGUGCAUUUCGUUGCAUGUGAUAACGGCAAACGCAGAGGUGACGUGAUUAGAACCAAAGGCUCGCUAGAAGUAGUGAUUUUUCGAAUGGCAAUCUAUCAGACUUCCUAUUAAAGUUUGCUGCAGUUCAUUCAACCCCCUAGUGAAGGUAAAGUGUAGCUGUAAUGGGGGUUAGUGAAAUGGGUUGUAUAUUUUGGGGGAAGUUCGGGAAAAUAACGAUGCCCUCUGCCAGUGUUUCCAGGCGUAAAAAUUUAGUUUGCUGUGCUUUCAUGGUAGAGUCCUAGCGAAAAAAAAAACAUUUAUCACUAAGUGUUCAGCUUCUAGGAUGUGUUCAGGAACUGUUUUUUAUUGAUGUGAAAAGUAAGACGAAUAUAGAAGUUUUUUUGACGUUUCAAUGGACUUGAUUUAAAAUUUGGCAGUUAGCGUUACUUCAUAAGGAAACCAUCAUGCCCAGGAGAAAGGUGUGUUUGAGGUGUCGCUCCUGGAGUUGAGUACAUGACGCUACGCGGCAUUUUCGCAUCUUUUAUACGACAUAAAAAAGAAGAAGGUUUGCGUGAUUCGGAUCCUUUAAUUCAAGUCGGUGCGUGUAUGUUUCUUUUCGUCGAAAGCCGGUUGUAUUACAAGCUGACAUGCGUCGUACAAGCGAAAUUAAGUGCUGUAAAUUAACCACCAAAUUGGUUGAAUGCUCUGUUAACAACUGCCACUAGUUAUAAAACAUAAAAAGUAAGACUUAUAGUGUUAAAUUCCGACUAUUUAGCAUUUAAUAUUAAGGUAAAAUUGAAUGAAUCAUUACUAAUCUGAUCACCAUGUUGCUGGCAGAAAUUAAGAAUCGGUGACACGGUGGAGGAUUUGUGUUCUAGUUUCGUGUAAGUGAUGUGCGCAUUGAUAGGAAGCGAUGUGGGCUGGCUUUGAGAGAGUGGGUAGUGCAUCUAAAGGCGAUGGUGCCAGUCACAGUCAGCAGGAAACGUUGGCCGACAUUGAGCAUAUUUCUACGAUCGCUGGUUCGCUCGGUAGCAUCGGAACAAUAUCGCAGUGCGCCGAUGGAGAACCCGCUUACGAAACAGAUCACACCGAUCUUAAUUCCGAGUAUGACGAAACGGAGAUGCGCAGGGAGCUCAUGAAAGAUAAAUGGCGACAACUUUUCGAUGCGUUCGAUCCGGAGGGAUUUGGUGAAAUCCCAGUGGGUGACUUUAUUGAUGCCUUAAAAUCACCGGAAUUUCUAGCCAACGUACCUCCAAACAAACGUGACAUUCUGUACGAUCGCGCGUUAAAAACUAAAUCCUCGGGAUUGGAGGCAAUCUCAUUCCAGGACUUUGUGAAUGUGAUGAGCGGCAAACGGUCGCGUAGUUUCAAGUGUGCAGUACAUCAUCGCGAUCGUGAAGUUUGUUCGGAGAACGAUUUUCAUCUGAUAUUUGAAGAUCCACCAUUAUUCAAGAGAAUGGUACACGUAAUUGCAAUGGAAGUGCUCCCCGAAGAGCGGGAUCGAAAAUAUUAUGCAGACAAUUAUUCAUGCUGUCCGCCUCCAUUAUUUGUGAUAUUAGUUACAUUAGUUGAGUUGGGUUUCUUCACAUACCACACGCUUACAUCGGGCCAGGCGGACCCGGCCGGUCCGGUUCCGAUCGAUUCGAUGUUUAUCUAUAGGCCAGACAAACGACACGAAGUUUGGCGGUUCCUAUUCUAUAUGGUUCUACACGCGGGGUGGUUCCAUCUCGGUUUCAACCUAGUCGUUCAACUUCUUGUUGGGCUACCAUUGGAGAUGGUACACGGCUCAACCAGGAUAGGAUGCGUAUAUCUAGCGGGUGUUCUUGCAGGAUCUCUAGGCACCAGUGUAUUCGAUCCUGAAGUUUACCUAGUCGGUGCUAGCGGGGGAGUUUACGCUCUGUUAGCAGCUCAUCUAGCGAACGUUAUGCUGAACUACCGUAACAUGCAGUACGGCGUUAUCCGAUUGUUGGCGAUACUUCUAUUCGCAUCCUGCGAUGUCGGUUUCGCGAUCUACUCCAGGUACGCGGUAGAGCCGCAAAGUGGUGCUCCCUCGGUGUCCUAUGUUGCCCACUUGACUGGUGCACUGGCCGGUCUGACGAUCGGUUUGCUAGUGUUGAAGAAUUUCGAACAGAAACUACACGAACAGCUGCUGUGGUGGGUGGCCCUCGGAGUGUACGCGGCGUGUACAAUUUUUGCCGUUGUGUACAACUUGGUGAACACCGUCACAGUGCAGAGGCUAGAGGAGGAAGGCGAGCAGGUACUGAAGCAGCAUCUUUUCAAUAAUUUUGGAUUUUAAACGGUCGCGUACGCUCGACGGUAGUUACUAAACGACACGCGUAGAACUCAGACAGGCUCCAGAGCGUUUUGAACGCACCUCUUCAGUUGGGACGACUAUCGGCGCCAACAGGUGGGUCGAGCUUUAGAGUAUAAAAUCAGAAACACGGGAAAAAUGUAGUCUUCGGUACAGUGUUUAGAGUUAAACUUUGAGGCUGUGCAUGCGGAAUUGAACAUUUGAAAGGCCUCGGAAAAGUUGUGAUUCGUGCUUAGAUUUAUUUUCUACUUACGUGUACGAUUACAGUUGACAUCAUCAAUCAAACGACGAAAUAAAAGCAAGCUUAGUGACCUCGGCUGUUAGGCCAGGAUCACACUGCAAUGUUUGUGCAACUUGUUUCGGGUGCGCUAGAUAAUGGGAUUAAAAUGAUCGUUUGACUCGACAAUCAAUCUGGCUGUUUUAUAUUCAUCGCAAUAUAUUUGAAAACCCUAUACGUAACAUAUUGCAGUGUGUUCGAAAUUUAGAUUGCUAUCUUGUUCAAUUGCAGGUGACUAAAGCUCUUCAUUUACACACGACAGCCAUUUUGAUGAUAAACGUUUCAUUUUGAUCCAAUAUACCAAAGACUGUAAAUAACAUUUAAAUACCAAUCACCUGAAAUCGCGAGGGAAAUAGUUAGCAAAUGUCGUAAAAUCGAAGGAGCCGUUGAUCUCCGACUCAAGUCCAGUAGAAUAUGUAUAUAAUGUGAAUUUUUAUAGCUAUAUAGUAAUACUGAGUUCCAUCCAAGUACUCUUGGAUUUCGCAAAUGUCUCAGUGAACUCCGGAAAUAAAAAAAAAAUCAUUUAUAAAUCACUCAUUAACCUCAAUGCAAAUAUGUACGCAACAUUACCCUUCGUUCCAAUCACGAAACUUCAAAUUCGAGUUUUGGUUAGACUCUCUAAGUUGGAACAUUAAUGUAUCAAAAAUCGUCGUAACAUUGUAUUGCAGCCGCAUUAAGAGGAGAACAAUAAUUCUAGUCAAAUUUCUAUGAAACUACUAUUAUAAUUAUUAUUCAUUUAACCUGAGUAACUCCGAACUUCUAGAGAGAAUAGAACAAAAAAAAGUAUUGUAGCGAAGAAAUACACUCAACUUAUUCAAGUCAUUAAUCACAAAGAAGUAAGCGUUUAUUUAUUAUUAUUUUUUGCCUAAUGCAACGCAAUCAAGAUAAAGCCGUCAAAUAGUGGAAAACGUCCCCUACAUUGGAGCUGAACAAGAAGCGAUGACUCUCAUCGCUCCUUGUUCCAUGUUUUUGCUCUAACUUUGCGUCUCUUUGCGGCCUGUUUCCAUAGAGACCAAUUGUUAUGCAUCAAUUCUGUUGAGGAGCACAAUCCUAAUUGUUUUUGUGUCUUUAUAUUAUUAAUUUUGUUUUAUUAGGAAAAGCCAAAGAAGAUUUAUUUAUUUUAUACCGUAAAUUAUUUCGACAGAAUAAGUAACUUUCGCCGCGAUUGUCGCGCAAACGUAUCGUGCAUUGGUCUUUCCCUAGCAGGAAAUGAUUGCGUUUAAGACUCAGAACGAAUUCUCUUACAAUAGUGAAUGCCUUACCAAAUAGAAGCAAACCAAAUAAGUAAACAAAACAAGUGACUCCACUCUGCCCCAAAUAAUCAGGUAAUCCAAUCUUGAAAGUACAAACGGUUCAAAUCAAUGUGCUCUUUCGGAUUCUAAGCAUCACUGCCAGUAGGUUUGAUAUGAAUAUUUCAGUGAAUACAAGAGAAAAAAAAACACACACAUACACUGAUUAAAAGUUUUAUGAUCCUGCAGAACAGCAAAAAACGCAUUCAUUUUCUCAAUUGAGCAGCAAAACGAAACCAUCCUUACGGGGAAGAAAAACUGUAUUACUAUCUUACAUGACAAGGAAUACCACAAAAACUCUAAUAGGAUGUAUUUAUAAUAAAUUAUUGUAUGCAAAAGAAACUAUAUGCGAAAACGGCAACAGUUGCUGAGAAAACUUUAAUAAAAAAAAUAC